UUGAUCUAGUCUAUAGCCACAGUUCAAAAGUGAAAGACCCUCUCCAAAGAAAAAAAUGUUGAGAAAUUAUGUGAACGCAAGAUUAAUCUCCAGGCCUAAUAUAAGAUCAUCAUGUCUUUACUCUCUUUACCUUAAGAGAGGAAGUGCGAGUGGAGGAAGGGAAGAAGGAAGAGAUCCUCUUUCCACGCUAGAGAAGCUCGAGAGACAAGGUAUUGCUAGCCAGACGUCGGAGAAAGGUUACGACGGAGCAGCGGAGGCGGUCAACGUGUCUAGUGAUUCUGAGGUGGAUAAGGAGAAAGUGAAAGAAGAGUUUGAAAAGAGGGAAGAGGGUAGAGACUACCGCAAGAGGUGUGAUGAUGAUGGUUUGCCUAUCAACACGGCAAAAGGAGUAUAA